AUGCUAGAAAAAGUAGAAGCUAUUGUACCUUCGGGUGUACCACACGAAAGUGUUCUAGAACCCCUCUUAUUUCAAAUUUAUGCAAAUGAUAUCAAAAUUCCAGUCAAUGGUACUCAUACGUUCCUGUUUGUUGAUGAUGCAAAUAUUGUUGUAACUGAUGUAAACCAUGUAUUACCAACAUCAACAACUACAGUUUUGGAAUAUUUAAAACAUUGGUUUGAAAUGAACAAGUUAACUUUAAAUAUUUUAAAAACUAAUUAUAUCCAUUCCAGUAAAACUAAGUCACAAAUGACCUGGAGAAUACAAAAUAGAGAAGAGAAUAUCGGUCACAUAAUUUUAAGGUGUCAAAUAGAUGAAAAUUUGUAUUUGAAAACCUAUAACCACUAUCUCGCUAGUAAGUUAAGUUCUGCUUGUUUUGCAGUAUGUGUAAUUAGUAAUGUGUCUAGUAAACAGUGUAGCAGAACCGUCUACUUUGUGUACAUUCACACAGCUAUUACCUAUGGUCUCAGUUUCUGGGGUAAUAAUAUGACAAAUUUAGAAACCAUCUUCACCCUACAUUAA